GCUCUGCCCCCCCCAUCCCUCCUCCCUCCUCUCCCGUCUUGUUCUGAUGUAGUCCUUAUCAAAGCCCCCCUUGUCUUGUUGUGACAGCUCUGAUAUUGUUUAUUGAGGUGGAUGUCAGGUAUAAUUAGCAAUCGAUAUGGAAAACGUUUUCACCCAAAGAAGCCGCACGCCUCUGACGUAAGUGCCGAUUAACGCAUCUGAUUGGGCCCCCAAUUCCCCAAGCCAGGGCUAAUUAUUGGAAGCCCUGAUGUGGAUAAAGUAACGCACAUCCCCCAGCCCCCCCUCCCCUAAUAUUUUUUUUUCCAGCAUGUCUUCUCGUGGCUGCCCACUCGCACUGCCUCCGCGCUGAACUCCAGGAGCCCUGCAGCUUCUCUCUCCGACCGCCAGUCCCCUGUAGCAGCACCAGCAGCAUCUAUAGCCGCAGACUGGGACAUGAUGGACAGCCGUCUUCUGGAUCAUCCCCAUGCGCAGUUUGGGGGCUCCCUUGGCGGCAUGGUGGGCUUCCCUUACCCACUUGGCGGGCCCCAUCACCAUCACGUCUAUGAGCUAGCCGGGCAUCAGCUGCAGUCGGCCACAGCCGUGCCUUUCUCUAUAGACGGAUUACUGAACGGCUCCUGUGCAGCUGCCUCUGUGGUGACCCCAACUCCUAUGCUACCUACUGGAUGUGGCGUAAACGGGGAGAACCAACAAUUCAAACUCUCAGAUUCCUGCGAUCCAGAUAAGGAAAGUCCAGGAUGCAAGAGAAGGAGAACACGAACUAAUUUUACUGGAUGGCAGUUGGAGGAACUGGAAAAAGCCUUCAACGAAAGUCACUAUCCAGAUGUGUUCAUGAGAGAAGCCCUUGCUCUUAGACUUGACCUUGUGGAAUCCAGGGUGCAGGUAUGGUUCCAAAAUCGACGAGCUAAGUGGAGAAAGAAAGAGAACACAAAGAAAGGUCCUGGGAGACCGGCUCACAACUCACACCCAACUACCUGCAGUGGGGAGCCAAUGGAUCCGGAGGAAAUCGCUCGCAAAGAGCUUGAAAGAUUGGAAAAGAAGAAAAGGAAGCAGGAGAGGAAACUUCUAAAAAGCCAGAACAAGCACUUACACUCGCCAAACGCCUACAGCCUACACACGGCAGGUUCUGACAGCGACAGCAGCGUUUCUCAGACCCAUGAAAAUACCUCCGGGAAACUGGCUGAGCUUGUCAAGGGGAGAGGAACUACACUCUCUGAUUGCGACCAAGGGGAGCCAGCUUUCUUCCAGAGCCAAAGAAAUGCAGGAAUUGCUCGGGCCGGGGGGUCGUCAGACAAAGACACAAGUGACAGCAGCAAUAGCCCUACUUUAUGCUCUAGUAACCGUGCCUCCUCCUUCCAAAAACUGAACCCCUUCAGCGUGGAGAGCCUCCUUUCGGACUCACCCCCACGUCGUAAAGUAAGCCUGGAUUUCCCUCCCCUAUCUACUCCCAGGCCCCUUAUAGGAAAGGGUCACUUCUUACUUUAUCCAAUUACUCAGCCACUGGGAUUUAUUGUCCCACAGACAGCCAUUAAAACUAAUGCAGGCCAAGACGGCCUUAACGCAGGACAAAGGGACUUAAGGACAGCAGACAGUCCUACAGGAUCAACAAACGUGCCCAGUGUCAAGACGGGGCAAGGACAGGGAAGUUAUUCUAGUAAGUCUGGGAAUUCGCCUGUGCAGCCUGCUUCUCACUUCAAUACCGCCUAUCCAGGAUCUGGCCCAUCUACAGCCCAUGUUGACUGUUCUAGUGAGACCGGUUCCUUACAGACCGAUUAUCCAGAUCCCCCAACACCAGAAGCAGAGAGUCUUCCCAAAGACAGUCUGGUCAGGGAGCCCUUAGACUGUCUGGAUUCCAGACCCGAAAAGUGCCACAUUGAAUCUAGUAGCACAGACUAUGAUGAAGUGGACAUGGACUAAAAAGAGCGAAAGAGAGAGAAAAACCAAAAGGGAUACCUCGUACACUUACCAACUCCAACCAUUCUGGAACCCGCAACACUGACACAUCUACACAUUUAUUUUUAUGCAUACAAGACAAAUGUCUGAAUUUAUGUUUUGAAUUCCUUUCCCGGAAAUGUUGAAUCAUAUGAGAUUCACAUUUUGCAAUCAUAUAGGUUGAUCAACAAUUUAGUAUGGGUACUUGUCUGUGUGGUGGUGAAGAAUCAAGUGAAACUGUACCUAGAAUAACACACACAUAUCAACAAACAACGGAAUCCUCAGACUGUGUAAACUGCACAAAUGUACUGAAAUAUUUAUAUAUAACUUUUUCAUAAAUAAAACGAUACUGUAAAGUAAUUUUUAUGCACAAUUAAACAAUUUUCUUUAAUCAGAA